UGCAUAAUUUGUCACGAGCAAUAGUAAACAUGGCGUUUAAAGGGAGCAAACAUUUUCUGUCAAUUAUUUUUUUAACUGGCAUUUUGGGAUGUGUCUAUUCUGUGGAAGAAGUAGUAGUUGUCCAUGCACCUGAUUCGGUCAAAUUUCUCUCCAGUGAGCCCAUUCGCUCAAGUUCCCUUGGCGACAUAUUUUCUGCAAUGCUGGCCUACACAACAAGAAGUAAGGUAGAAUGGCACAGCAUGGCAGCUGUUACUCCGUGGAAAAGGCCUGAAGCUUUAGCUAUCUUAGAAAUUUUGGGAUUUGAUAACAACAUUGACCUUCCACUUGAUGGAUCUAAGUUUUUGCUUGAAAAUGUUGGUGAUAUUGCUGGACAAUUUGAUCUUCCUGCUCAUAGAUCUGAAGAGAGAUAUUUUGGAAAAAAUGGAAUAAUGUUGCAUAUGCAUACUGGAGAUGAGCUGCAUGAAUCAAAGAUUGUACAGCCUGUAUUGCUGAAAUCUCUUCCAGCUGAUCCUGAAAAACGUUUACAAUUGGCAAUGAUUGAUUCUGAAUUAGGGCAAUUAAUUAAAGAUUCAACAUUCAACAUAUCAGUGCCAAGUGAUGUAAAGCUAUUGACUGAAUUAGCUACUGUUAAAGAAUUCUUAAAAGCUUUGUCCACACACAAAUCUGUUGUACAUGAUAACAUUCCUGAUAUAUAUUGGUUGAAGCUUGAAGGGUUUGAAAAUAUUGUCUCCACUUAUGGAUCAAAUUCUUUCCAGUUUCGUGAAGGCUUACGAUUGCUCAGGCAAAUCAUUAGUGAAUUUGAAAGAGUGCUGCGCAAUACAUAUGAUGAUAAUGUUGUGGUUGUUGUCAUUAAAGAAAACAAUAUUCCACUCUCCUUGAGCCACCGAGCAAGGAAAUUAUUGGAAGCCACAACUGAGGCUCCUGAUGUUCGAACCAACCCUUACAAUUUAGCAACCAAAUGGGAUCCCAUGUUUCCUGUCACUUUCAUGUUGAUGGUUUUCAUUGGCAUCGUCCUUACGCUGUCCGUUCUUGGUAUAAGUGUAGCUAUGUGGAAUAUGGAUCCCGGACGGGAUUCCAUCAUUUACAGGAUGACUAGUCAACGAAUGAAAAAAGAUUAGGAAGAGUACUUUACUAGUAGUUAGGAUUUCUCUCAUAGAAGCCAUCAUUUGUGUAAAUCAUUGACCUUUUUCCCUGCAUAAUAAAUUCUGUUCAUUCUAUUCCACUGUGGAUGUAUCACUUACAUGGAUGCCUUUAUGUACUUUGAACAUAUUUAAUUAAUAAUAUUAAAGUACUUUAAGUCUAUGCAGUGCGCAAUUAGUGACUAAUUUUAAUAAUAUCGUGAAGUUUGCAUUGGCGAAUAAUUGUCACGAAUAAAUUGCUGGAAAUAUGUCUUUGCAAUGCUAAUAUUUUGAUUGAAAUGCCCUUUCCAGAAAUGAAUUAGAUCCAAAAAUGUGUCCCUUGUUUUUGCUAUAUAUUUUUUAAAAAUAUGAAAAAAUUUUAUUCUUAGUUUACAAAGAAUGAAUUUAUUAAGUCUCAACGUUUUCAAAUAUUUGUAAAAAAUCAAUCAUUCACAACUACAUAAUGUCAAAUGGCAGUGAAAUUUAUCUUUCGUUACUUUUCAACUUGUGAAUAGCUGUAAGUGGUUCCAUUGUUUUUACAUUCAGUGUUAAUUUUUAUCUAGUCUAGAAAUCGGUGGAAUAUUUAAGAGUAUAAUCUAGAAAUAUUUAAAAGUAUUUUUUAAUAAAUCAAUAAUAUAUUAAUUUAAAAAGAAGUUAUUACAUUCUUAUUUGGUUAUUUUUAAAAUGUUUGUCUUUUGUUUUGCAUUCCAUUGUACGAGUGUAGACACCUACAUACUAAUUGUUUCACUUGUUUAAUUUAUUUAAAUGAAGUUUUUGUGGAUAUUUAAUGACUUUGUAAA